UACUCUCUGGCUCGCCUAAUUGACAUGGGUUUCCCUGUCGAUGCCUCGGCAUCAGCCUUGCGUGGCGCAGAUGGUGAUCUUAGCCGUGCUGUCUCCCUCUUGCUUGAGGUGCCCUUUAAGUCGAAGCCCGGGGCAGAAGAAUCUACACAACCUAACCCUCUUUCAUGCGCUCCUUCAACUGGCUUUUCGUCCUGCUUUUCUCUAAACAACGAAAAUAAUGUGAUGAAUUAUACCAAUACUAGUGGGAGCAUCGAAGAAUCCGACUAUGACUACUCUAGUGACUUUGAUAAUGUUUCUGUCAUUUCUGAUGGCAUCAACCAGGCUUCCAAGUACAACAGCGAUCAAUUUGAAGAACAUGGAUUAAGAUUAACGACCAAUUCUUCCAUCACAUCCACUUUGGAGUCAGUCAGUGCUAGUUCUUGUCAAUCAACUCUCAUGUCAGCAGGUCUUCCGUCUAAUAGCCAUAAAGAGGCUGGUGGAUACCUGAUCACCUUGUUGCAGACUGUUGUUGAUGCUCUCACACCUCGGUUAUCUGUCGUUCAGAUUGCCACCAGUAUUUCCGUUUGUCUGAUAGACGACUGCUUGGACGCGGACGUUCCUCUAGCAGAAAUUACUGCCACAGGUGAUCUAUAA